UCCAAACACUAAUCACAGUAAUCUGUGUCAUGUGGCUGCAGAAAACUGGCUGCCCUGCUUUUUUACAAACUGCAUAUUGGCUCUGUGUUCAACUAACCCUUCCGGGAAAUUAAUGUAUUUACUCUUAUCCCUCAAACGAGUUUGACUGUACAGGUGGCGAAAGUGAAAGCAGGUAGACUGAAGGUAUAAAAGAGAGGAAGGACGGCUGGAGAGUGUUUCUACCUGAGCUACGAAGGUGGAUGUUAUUUAACGCGUUGAGAUGUCACAAACGAUGGACACUGCAAACACAGGCGAGGACAGAGUUUCCCUGAAGAGCAACGGGAAGACGCCGACCAACGAAGGCACCACGGACUCGCUGGGAAUGUUGGAGAAGAAGAGCAAUGAAAAUAAAAAAAACGGGUUAAAGGUCACGACUGGCAAUGAGUCGGAGUCAUUAACGCCUCAGUCACCGAGUCUGAGCUCUCCGGUGACGUCUCCUCUGAAAAUGAUCGGAGGCCUUUUCAACAAUAAAGGCGAAGAAGACAGCGACACGACUCCACAGAAAGGCAAAGGGCUGGCACGUUCAAUGACAAAUCCCAACAUGAGCAACUUUGGUGGCUCUUUACAAAAAACCAUACGUCGAAGCUUGAAUUUAGACACCAGGAAAGAUAAAAGGCACAAGCCACCGCUCGUUCCCGUCUCUGAGGGAGCAGCGGAGGAAAGGACGGAGGACAAAGUGAAGGAGGAGGAUGUUGUGUGGGAGGAGAUGGAGGAAGAUAACACACUGUCAGAAAUACCACGUACACCACUGUCAGGUCUGAGCUCUCCGGUGACGUCUCCUCUGAAAAUGAUCGGAGGCUUUUUCAACAAUAAAGGCGAAGAAGACAGCGACACGACUCCACAGAAAGGCAAAGGGCUGGCACGUUCAAUGACAAAUCCCAACAUGAGCAACUUUGGUGGCUCUUUACAAAAAACCAUACGUCGAAGCUUGAAUUUAGGCACCAGGAAAGAUAAAAGGUGCAAGCCACCGCUCGUUCCCGUCUCUGAGGGAGCAGCGGAGGAAAGGACGGAGGACAAAGUGAAGGAGGAGGAUGUUGUGUGGGAGGAGAUGGAGGAAGAUUACACACUGCCAGAAAUACCACGUACACCACUGUCAGUGAUGGAGAUCAACAAGCUGAUAGAGAUGGCGUUGCUGGAGGAAGCACACCUGAACCUGCUUGCCCUGCGCCAGGAGUUACAGCAGGAGCAGGAACGGAGCGGUGACGACUCACCCAUGGAGCUCGCAAAGAAGGAAAAAGACCUGAACCUCCUCUACGGAGAGCUGAGGAAGAAGUUUAAAACCAUCAUGUGCGACCCCAACUCUCUGGAGCUGCUGGAACCCAUGGUGCGAAUCAUCCAGGAGGAGGAGAAGAGAGCGGGGCAACCUGGAGGACUUCAGGACAGCUGGAUGGAGGCAUGGAGGGAGAUGGUGGAUGGUUGUGUGCAGGUGAAGAUUAAGAGCAUCAAACUGGAGCAAAGGGAGAAGAACCCCUCCUGGUUAGCGGUUCACCUGGGGCUGCUGGGUAAAUCCAUUGUGGAUGAUUUGGAGAAUGUGAAGAAGGAUCUGCGGUGGUCGUACCCGCCCAGCUUUAAGGUUUUCAGCACCUACGUGAGGAGCUACCACAGCGGCGUCCGGCAGCACCUGAAGAAGCUGGAGCCGCAGGUGACAGAGGUGAAGGACCUGUACGCUCUGCUGAACUGGAUCAUCAACAGCUACAAGAGUGAGAAGAUCAUGGGAAGUGUCUCCUUGCAGCCGGAGAUGAAGGAGGAGAACUCUGAUCUGCAGCUGGAGGAAGACUGCCUGAAGAAGCUGAAAGACAAAUACUGCUGCCGAUUAAAGGAGGUUAUAAGAGGUUACCUGGACAGAGUCAUUGAUAAUGAAAAUGAGACAAUAUGGGAUAUCAAAAAGACUCCAGAGAAGGACGACGAAAACCUCUUCUUCUCUUAUCUCCACAUGGACGUGUUGACGAAUGUGAAGGGACCCAUUGUGCACUCAGCUGAGAUUGAUGAUCAGCUGAAACAGAAAGUGAUCUCAUCCUGCCUGCAAGAGCUCAAAGACUUUCCAAAGAGAUUCGAGGAGGGGUUCAGGCAUCACUGCAGCAGUCUGCAGCAGGAGCUUGUCUGGAGCGAGUAUCAAAUUACAUACAUCAACAGCUUCAUGGCCCUACAGCAGCACAUGGAGAGGUACCGGGACACGUGUCCUGCAGAGGAGGAGGAGUUUAAAAAAGAGACAAAUGGGCUGAUCUUCAGGCUCAUGCAGGGGCUGGAGGACCAGUUCAAAGAGGACGUUAAGCCGUACCUGAGGAGAAUGAUAACGAGGAAGUGGCUCACCAACGAUGAAGACUUUAAACAGCUUUACAGACGCACAGACCUGCUCUCCGAGCACUGCGCUCUCAUGAGGCCUCCACACAGCCAGGAGCUUGCCAGCAGGCUGCACUACCACGUGGUGCGGGAAUACAUCGGACAGCUGAUGAAGAAUAACUUCUCAUGCAAGAACCACAAACACGAGAAAGCAGCGAGCAAGAUCCACAAGCAGUGGAAAGAUCUGACGGUUCAGUUUGAAAACAUGAACUCGUCUCACGAGUGGCUCUACGCUGUCGGAAAUGACCUGAGCGACAUCAUCCAACAGAAAAACAAGGAAGACAUAAAGAACCAUCUGCAGCCUUUAGUGGAGCAGUAUCCCGACUUUUGCAAGAAGCACCUGGUUGCUGUUCUCUACUUCAGAGGUCUGACGCGAGGCCAGGAACAUCAGCGGAUCCUGCAGAGAUUCACGGAGCUCAAGAAGACACACGGCAGAGCAGACGAAGACAGGAGCCAAGUCUUAUUUCAUGACAUGCAGAUCCCCGCCAACACAGACUGCUUCUCCCAUCUGCCUUUCUCCUGCCUAGGCUCCUGGCUGCCCGACGACUAGCGCAGCAAGGACAGAGGACUUGUGACAGAAAUGAAAGUCUUUGCUCUCAAACACGGCAAAGUAAAGUGAAAAACUGCACCUUUUAUACAGAAUCAGGGUCACAUCUGUAGGCUAACUAGACUUGUGACCUUCAACAUUUUAUUAAUAAACCGAGAACAUCUGUUAAGUUUAAGGACGUGCAAUCCAUAAACAGUCUCCCUUCACUUAUAGAGCAGGAAAAAUGUCCACUGACAUGCUUACUCUUUUAUUUGAAUGAAUUUGAAGUUUAAAUGUUAUACCCACAUUUAGGACAAAUUCAAUGCCAAAUCAUUGUUAUAUUCACCAUUAUCUUCAUCAUGGCUUGCAGGGUUGGGUUGUGCCGGGAUAGAUGUAACGGCGUUACGUAAUCAGAAUACAAAAAUCAAGUCACUGUAUUCAGCUCCCGUUAUAUCUUAAAAACAAGAAAUCUGAUUAUAGUUACUUUCAAUAACCUGAAGUGAAUACAUUUUGGAAUCCUUAUUGGAAUUAUUGGUGACAUUUUAAAAAAUUCAUUAUCAGGGCUGUAGUAUUAUUGCAGAGCGCUCCGAUGACUUGCGCAUGCGUGCCCUUAUAAAACCAUUGGAGAGUUAUCACAUCGUUUCAGUUGUUGUGUCUGAGUGGGGCUCUUGAUAAGCAAAUGAAACAGUAAAAUAACUUUUCCUUUCCUCUCCUGUACACCAAUUAAGUAUUCCAAAAGUAUUCUGAAAGUAAUCUGAAUACAUUACCUUUUUAAGACACGUUACUGUAUUCGGAUUACUUUCAGAGCCAUGUAUUCAGUAUUCAGGCACUAAUUACAUUUACAAAGUGACCCUCCACCUGAUGGCUUGCAAAGAACUCACUAAUUUGUAGAUUGUAUUGUCUUGUAGACAUGUUUGGAAGUCCCCAAGCAUCAAGAGACUGACAAUUACAUAGAUUGUUUUGGUCGUUUUGGAGAUUUUGUGACAUCAGAUAUAUAUAAACUCACCAACCUAUCCUUUAACUUAAGUUGACAUGGAGUUAAAAAUCAAUCUAAGACCACUAUACAAACAUCUAAACUGCAGCCUCACAAAGGAGUGAGAGAUUGGAAGUCUCCUCUCACGCCCUGAUGAAAGCAGAGACCAGAUGUGUUCCCACUAAUGGAGUCAAAAACUGAGAAGCAUGACUAAUACUACACCACAAAAGUGUAUCCAGCACUGUGAGGAACUGCAGGAUACAUUACGAUAGAACGAUCAUUUCCCCGACUGGACAGGAGAAAUUCAUUAAAGGUUGUGAAACUUUGUACGAAGCUGCAGAUGUAACCAAUAAAAAGCAGAUUUCAGGGGAGGAUUUUCUCAUCUGUUUAACUGUACGAAACUUUUUACAUCUGAAUGUGUGACUGUCUUUGAGACAUCUAUACUGUGUAACUCUAAAAUGAGGGUUUUCUUAUCGUAAAAUGUAAGUUGUUCCUGGGCUUUCUGUCUAAUCGCUGACGUCAGAUGACCCUGAGUGAUCACUGAAUUGGGAAAACCAUGCAAAACCGAGCUUAAUGUGAUUUUCUUUGCACCUUUUAAUGUAUUUAUUUAAUUGUAAUUCAGUUUUCUUCUUUGUAAAUAUGUAUGUAUUUUCAGUUUUUGUGACUUUGUUUUGUUUGGAUUGACUAAAGUUCUCAUUAUUCCCGAUAACUACAUGAAUAUAUAUAUGAAAUACUUCUGUGAUAGUUCCCCAGUCAGUGCAAAGGGAACUAAAAUGUGAUAACAGAGGGAAGUGUAAUGGAUCAGCCAUGUUCAAAGUUGUUUGAAUAAAACAUAUGAAACCUG